UUUCUGUUCGGACAGUCUUACAUAGCUUACGUAUUACUCCAUUUGUACCACAACUAGUUCUUCGUUGGAAAACUAAUAUUUCAAGCUUCUAAAUGUGCAAGGAUGACGUCAUUCCCUGUGCCAACAAUAUACGAAGUUGUAUCAGAGAUUCCGGAAAUUCGUUCUUCUUCUUCUUCUCCCGGUGCAAAAAAGACAGAAAUUCCUUCUUCGGCAACAUGGGAAAACAAGCUUGACCUAUCAGAGUUAAAUACUUCAGAAACUAAUGUCCAGGCGACUGUCCAGUCAGAACAUUACUCUUAUAUCGAUCAUGAUAAUUCCGAAACAGAAUGCAUUCUAGAUGAACAAAAUUUACCCGAUCAAUCAGAAUCGUCUUCUUUACUAAUUGAGGGACUUGAAAACAAGAAAAAACGAUGCCUUACGAAACGUCAGUUUGUAAUUUUAUCUCAAAUCACUUUCGCUUUCACCUGUCAAGCUAGCUGCUACGCUCUUCUUGUCCCCUUCUUCUCUAAAGAGGCAGAGAGAAAGCAAGUAACACCAACACAGUAUGGAUUUCUUUAUGGAGUGUUUUUCUUGGUUAUAUUUUUUCUCUCUCCAGUCAUUUUCAAAAUGGUACCAAAAAUGUCACCAAAAUUUUUGUUGAACUCUGGGGUAUGUUUAGGUGGAGGCGCUACGAUAUUCCUUGGCACUCUAAUACAGUCCCCACCUGGAGCCACAUUUUUAGCAUUAUUCUUUGUGGGAAGGAUUGUUCAGGCUAUCGGAUCUGCAUCUCUGUUCACUUUAGGCUAUGCCAUCAUUGCUGACGAAUUUACUGAACAUCGUGCAACAGCUAUGGCCUCCCUUGAUAUGUUCUAUGGUUUUGGGGUCACUGUUGGACCUGCUAUUGGAGGUGCCCUCUAUGAGGUUGGAGGUUACAUGCUACCGUUUUUCUUCAUUGGAGGGAUUAUGUUGUGUUUAUUUGCAAUUAUGGUCUACUUCUUACCGGAUACAAAAUACGCCGUUCAAGAGAACAAAGAUGGACUUUUGAAGAUUAUUCUCAACCCUUCUUUUAUUGUGGCUAUGAUAAAUGUUUUAACAGGCUUCCUUAUCGUGGGCUUUAAUGAGGCUACCCUGGAACCCCACAUUAGACAGUUUAAUCUAACUUCGUCUGUUGUGGGACUGAUAUUUAUUGUUUCUGGAGGAAUAUUUGCUGUUGGUACCCUUGUCUGGGGACACGUUUAUGACAAAAAUCCUGAUUCUUACUUUCCCUUAUAUAUAUCCAGCAUUGUCUGCAUAGCAAGUUUUUUAUUUCUUGGACCUGCACCUUUUCUUCCUCUGAAAAUGACAAUCUACUUGGUAAUUCUUGCUCAAGUUCUUCUUGGAAUUGGAGCGGGAGGAAAAGUAAUCAUAGGAUUCAACCAUGCUUUACGAAUAACUCUAUUACGAGGAUUCCCAAAUGACGUCACAACCAUAUCGAUUGUUUCAGGACUCGUUAAUAGUGCGAUUGCUCUUGGCGGUUUUGUUGGACCAUCUCUAGGGGGCGCACUUCUCGAACAAAUGGGUUUCGAAAAUGGAACUAUGGUUUUGCUGGGAUUUGAGUUGGCAGUAUUGGUGAUAACUAUCCUACAUUCUGCAUGGGGUGCAACUGCCAGAAUUUGUGGAAAAUCGGAAAAACUGGAAACUUUCACGUCAGAUGAUUAUGCACUGACUGUGAUUGGUAAUUCUUGUUCGUGCUGUUCUUGGAAUCGGAGUGGGAGGAAAAGUUAUCAUAGGAUUCCACUACGCCUUGAAAAUAACACUGAAUAAGAUGCAUGUAUUCGGCCGUUGGAUGAAAAUAACAAUAUCAAUGUACGAGUAAAAAGUAUCUAAAUUAAGUAUGUAACGCUCUAUUUUAUAUCGUAUUUUUUUACACUUUUCUUCUGUAUAUACUCAGGCUACUGCAUUAUCCGUUAAAAAACAUUAAAUUAAAUAAUUAACACGUCCUGUGGAGUAACGUCUUAUUUGUGGUUAUUACCAAUGCCAGUGUUUCUAUUGCCAUUAUGGUGUUUUCCUUUUAUAUAAACUAAAUAUAUUUAGUUUAUAGGGAAGUUCCUUAGGCAUAAAUUAAGAUGUUCAUUUUCGUAGUCAUUUGUAACGUAGUACAUUCGUUACAGGCCUAAACAAUUAGCACCUAUAGUCCUUUUGUAUUGAUCAGACACUGCUACGGAAAUUAAUGCCAUAUAACAGAUUUAGGAAGUUCGAAAUUAUAGUUUCUAAUUUCUUUGUAUCUAUACUAAUAAAACGGCCUGUGGGUGUGUUUCUGUGUCGGUCAGUCUGCGCUAUAGCUCCAAGAGGAAAUAAACCAGAGACCUGAAUCUUUGCAUGCAUACUAAGGGAAUUCUGAGGGUGACACUUGGGUAUUAUUUUUUUCUCAAAAACAUUUUAGCCUGUAAUUUUGCCCUAUAGCCAUAAAAAAGAAAGUAGAAUAUGCUGCCAUCUGUCGCUUGAUACAACAAAUUUUUAAAGAAUCAUUUUUUAUCUAAA